UGGAUACUAAUGGUUUUGGCAUAUCCACAAAAUGGACUACGGAUUUAAGAUAGAAAGUGUCAGAUAAAGCAUUGCUACUUGUUGCAUCGCUCUGGUAUACUGACCAUUGAACAGUGGAUUUCGUGCUGUUCUUGUGCGAUAGCUCACAGAUAGAUUCACAGUUUCUCACGCUGAUGUGUCCUUUCAGACGACUUUUCCCACUUGGUCAUUUUUAUUGAAUCAUAAAUGAAAACCUAUUGUGGACUGUAAAAACUUGACACCAGGCUAGAACCUUUUGCUGAAUGGAGACCAAUAGCUGCACUGGCAGUGUAGCCUCCGCAAAGUGCCACUAAAAGGAGUUAUUUAAGUAUUUGUUGUGUAGUUCUGUGGAUAGCAUGAAACUGACAAUGGCGACUGUUGUUUUGCCUUUUGGGCCAUAGAGGACUUGUGGGGAACAUUAGGAAGACUUAAGGGUGUGAGGAUGGAUGACCGGCGUGUGGCUGACUACUUUGUGGUUGCUGGGCUACCAGAGAACCCGCAGCCCCUAGAGGAGUUCUCAAAUGAGGCUGCCAUAAAGUCAACGUACAAGCAGGACCCUAUCACAGAUAUCACAGUGAUAAACAAGUCACUGGGGGACAAGGUGCCUAACGGGUAUGUGUGCCUGGAGAAGACACCAUCAGAGUACCCUGCAGAUCUGAACCAUGGAAGCAUACUGCAGCAUGAGAUGUACAUUUGCUACAGACGCAGCCGGGAUAAACCACCGCUGACAGAUGUUGGAGUACUGUAUGAGAGCAAGGAGCGUCUGAUGGGAGGCUGUGAGGUUAUCCUCCAAACAUACUACGGCUCCCCCGCCAACGUGAACAACAGCAGCAACCAGCACACCUACAUCACAUACCGUCGCGCCCCUGAGAACGCCCCCAGUGACAUGCUAGCCGUUGUAGACCUCUGUGUCAUACUGGAAAACAAGGGAGAGGGACCGCCGCACUCCUACUGUCAGAUACACAAGAACCUCAACAGGUCGAUGGUGGGUUCAAGUGUUUAUCUCUGCUACAAGAAAGCCAUGACCAAGACAGAUAUUCUAGCAUACAAGCCAGCGGUGCUGGACCGAUACCCCCGUGAGGACUAUGAAGACUUCCCCCUGCCCGAGUCGGUAGCCAUGUUCUGUCUGCCCAUGGGGGCCACUGUGGAGUGCUGGUCAGCCAAGUCUCAGCACCCCCUGCCAGUCUACUCAACUUUCGUGCUGACAGGCAUCGGCUGGAAUAAGGUGUAUGGUGCAGCCAUCACUUUCUACGAGGAGUACCCGGAAGACAAGCUGUCCGACUUCCAGAUGCGCAACCUCGGGGUCAAGAACAAGAACAUUCGGGAGCAGUACCGCAUCAGGAAGACUGUGCACUCCAACAAGUCCAUCUGCUUGCUGUCUCACUGGCCGUUCUUCGACCCCUUCCGCAAGCUGCUGUCUUACCUGCACAGGGUCUCCAUCACUAGCUCUCAUAUCGUGCCUAUUGAACGGCACAUCUCCCACUUCAUGUACGAUGUUCCCUACCCCUCGCCCCAGCGACCACGUAUCCUUGUGCAGCUCAAUCAGGACUCUAUAUGCCUCUCCAUGCCAGAAGACUCGCCCCUUCCUCAGACUGGAGCCUCGUUCCUGCUGAUGUUAAAGGACCUGGGCCCUGAGAACUGCAUGACCAUCCUGCUGUAUGUGCUCCAUGAACACAAGAUCCUCAUCCACUCCCUCCGGCCUGCCGUGCUCACCAGCGUAGCUGAGGCCGUAUCUACGCUGAUAUUCCCCCUGCAGUGGCAGUGCCCCUAUAUUCCACUGUGUCCCCUGGGACUGUCAGAUCUGCUCCAAUCACCAACACCAUACAUCAUAGGUUUGGACUCCCGCUACUUUGACUUGUUUGACCCGCCUCCAGACGUGAUCUGUGUUGACUUGGACACCAUCAACAUAUGGCCGAGUUUACGUGGGAUAUCUAAUAAGCCUGAUGACAAGAAGAACAUUUCUUACAAGUUGUUGCCCAAGAAGCCUGCGAAGGUGUUACAGGAGUCCCUGCACAAGCUGUAUGACAAACUGUCCACAGUGAAAUGGUCGGGACAUGACGAGAGCACAGUAGACAUGGGUCCCAUGGAUCUGGACUUCAAACGCAAACAUAGAGAGAUGGUGUUAGAUAUGCAAAUCCAGGAGGCGUUUCUACGGUUCAUGGCCUGCAUCAUGAAGGGCUACAAGCAAUACCUGAAGCCCAUUGAGAACGCCCCUGACAUUGACACCACCAACGCUGCCUCACUCUUUGAUAUGCAAGGUUUUCUUAAGAGUCGAGAUAAAGCCAACCACAAGUUUAUGCAGACUCUGCUGAGGACACAGCUUUUCAACCGGUUUAUUGAGGAGCGCUCUUUUGUGUCAGACAAAGAUGACAGCCUGGCAUUCUUUGAUGAAUGCUGUGAAAAGGUUGUGGAGACUUCAGAGGAACCCAGGCUGAUAGAUCUUGACGACUCACAGAAAAGUGAGCGCACAAUGUUCAUUUUACCACCGGAGCCUGUUGGCCUGCCUGAGGGAGUUAGAUACAGCUACAACGGAUUCCCAGUGCUACAGCCAAGUCUGUUCUUGGAGAAGAAUAAGCCUGCGCGGUCAGCCUCACAGGCUCGAUCCCAGGCAGGUCCCAACAGCCCCGUGGCGCGCCGAACCAAACAGGAAGUUAAGACAGCACAAAAAGCAGCACAGCAGGCGUAUACUGCCACCUCCAACCCGACAAUGUGGGCCAAGUGUCUCCUGGGACAUGCCUAUAGCCUGUGGUACAUGACUCUGCCUGCCUACAUCAAGUCUGGCCAGUCAGUCACCAAAGCCCUUAAACUGGGCCACGAGGUCAUGAGGGUCAUGCAGAAACACCAGCUCAAACCUCCUGAUGAGCUGUGUUUUCGUGUGAUGCUCCAACUGUGUGGCCAGUACAACAAGCCUGAACUGGCUGUGAAGGUCUACUCCACCAUGAAGCGCGCUGGCAUCCAACCAAACGCCAUCACAUAUGGAUAUUACAACAAGGCGGUGCUGGAAGGUAUAUGGCCCACAGCCUUCAACCAGGGUCGUGUCCUGUGGCGCAAACUUCGCAACGUUGUUCUGGGAGUGGCCAAGUUCAAACGUACCGUCCGUCGUCGCAGUGUAUCCACAUUCUCCAGCAGUGAGUCAGACCAGAUCUCUCGCACAAGCUAUGACAGUUUUCUUGAGGACGAUCGUGUGGACGCGCGUCACGAGCCCAUCAUGAAGUCAGAGGGUCAUGUUGAGGUGCCGAUGUUUGAUGUCCCCAGGAAGACCAGCAAUAUCCCAGAGGAAGUGGAGAGAGCUGCGUCGGACAGGGGCUAUAACUCCAUGACUCUGGAAGAAGCCAAGACUUUCUCUGAAAUAAUCGACACCGAACAUAGGGAGUCCAAAGAUAAGGAGUCCAAGUUCCGCAGGGAUCUGAAAAAUGUGCUUAGUUUCAGUUUUAGGCGAAAGAAUAAAAAGAGUGAGUCCGAAAUACUGGAGGAGUCUAAAGCGGACCUGGACGAUGUCUCAGAAAAGGGUUCUGCAGCAGAGAAGUUCCAGUUACCAGCCCACAGCAUUGUGAGACAGUCCUCCAUUCCUGGAAACACCACCUCCCCGGACAUGUACUAUGGUUCAGAGGCAGGUCUGCUGAUGGUGAGUGAGAAGAUGUUGUCUGGUUCCCUCCCCAAGAGCGUGGUACCAACCAUUGGACAUGUGGGCAUCAACCAAGGCGACGAAAAACUAAGGAAACGUCACAGCAGUGCUGGAGACCAUCAUUAUUUGAAAACAAGGUCAAACAGCUUGCUACCCCACUGGAAGAUCAGGCAUCCCAGUAGUGAGGAGAACAGGGUUAAGGGAAAUGACCUUGCUAGUCUUGUAAGUUCUGGGGGUAAGGAAAUGUUGUCAAAGACUAUUGAUAGCAAUGUUGGCGUGAUGACCAGCGAAAUGCAAGAAUUGUCGGAGGAAAUAAAAGAUAGUGGUGUUGGACUGGAUGAUAAUGAGGUGAUAAGUGAGGGGAAUGAAGAGGGGGCUGAACUUGAGAAGGGAAGUGACGAGUGUGAUAAGAUAAGUGUCAAAAAUGUGUCCAGUGAGGAUUCUGGUAUUUCGGAUAGUGCAUUGACAGGUUAUGCCACUGAACAAAGGUUGGAGGGUAUUGCUGAGAUGAAAAGUCGGUCAGACAGCCUGAAGUCUGCCACAUCUAGUCCUUUACAUUCCAUUGUGACGCCUGUGACUGAAAAUGAUCCUCUUGGAUUAUUUGUUGAACCAGUAGCAGUUCCAAAGCUUGACACAAAAAGUAGUUCUUCAAAACAAAGUUCGCCUGUAAAGGAUCGGAAAGAUUUUGUUCUGAAGAAACCUUUCCAAGAUAGUUCAGACUUGGGUGGGUGCAAUACAUGUACCUUUCAUACAGGUGGAAUCACGGUCAGGGUAGACCAAUCAGAACCUAGCAAACUGCUUACCCCAGUAGACUCCAUAAAGCAGACUGUUUUUAAAAUAGAAAGGACUAAUAGUUUUCCUGGAAACUUAGGACAACCAAGUGUUCAAAGAGCAGAAAACAAUGGUGUCAAAUCUGAAGUCUCAUCCCUUGGACGGUCUAUAACAUCAUUGAACGAACCCAAAAGAGAUCAGUUGUCUGGCACCCUGAAAACCGCUGGGUUAUUCAGAAACAGGAGUUUUAGAAGCCAUAAGGACAAUAUCAGUGGAAUGCUCAAGUUUGCUACUGGUGCUGUGGCCAACAAACUCUCUGAGAUCAAGUGGCUCACACCUACCAAACUGGGCUCCAAUAACUCUCUGACUCCGUCGCAUGAUGAGGAUUCAGAGGAUGAAUAUAAUCGUGGGAAAGCACGCAAGAAAGGCAGCUUAGAUUUCCUGAAUCGCAGUAAUGAUCAACUAGAUUCAUCAAGCAUCAAUGGUGUUCAUGAGAGUGCUCCAAGUGGCCCAUCAUUCAUGGAGCGUAUGGACAGGGAGUGUGAGGCGGAGUGUGACAGCGUGUUGGCACUGCAGCCAGACUGUGAGCAGCAGGAGGUGGUGGUGGAGGCUGAGAUGAGUAGCUGCUGUCGGUGCACGCGCUGUCACUGCCUGCUGUAUGAUGAGGAGAUCAUGGCCGGAUGGAACGCAGAUGACUCCAACCUCAAUACAGCGUGUGUUUUCUGCAACCAAAAGAUAGUGCCUCAUUUGCUUAUUUACAUCAAGGACCACAGGAAACGAAAAGAAGCCAAGAUUGCAGAAGAGGAGAAAAUAAAUGAUGAGCUACUGAUAGACUUUCAUGAGAAGAAUCCAUCACAUACCUCGUACGGCAAGGAUGCAAACCUCUGUCCAAGGGAGGACACAAACCAACACUUCAUGUUUCCAGACGAUGAGGGAACCGGCGACGACCCAUGGGUACGCCACCCCAGCGCUGAGCCUUCCCGUGCCACACAGCCCCCCCCUGAUGAUACAAGCCCAGAGAGCCCAGAACACGGGCCAACACUGUCCCAGAUGGGCCGCAUGGGUCACCGGCGCACGACCAGCGAGUGCCUCACCAGUGCUACUAACUAUAGCUGCUCUAUGGACUCCCUGGAGAACUGUGGAGGGGAUGGCAGGAACAUUCGCUCCCCGCUCAGUAUAUCCAUGGGAAGCGAUGAUGCAGAGGGACACACUGUUCUUACACCAGAGCGAAGGAGGGCUAUGUUUGAGGGAGCCCUGUCCUCCAUGGAGCCUGUGUCUGUGCCCUACCUGAGUCCAAUAGUGCUGAGGAAGAGUCUUGAGAGCAUUAUAGAGAGUGAGGGCAACACUGUGCUGUCCAGAGACACCUUCCUUGACGACCACCCCAUCAUCUACUGGAACUUGCUUUGGUACUGCAAGCGUAUCGGUGUAUCCAAUCAUCUGCCUGGCUUCCUACUGACCGCUAAGGCGUACAACCCAAGGCUUGGGGCUGACGAUUCCGGCGUGUUCGGGCCAGAUAAUGUGAGCGUGCGGGCCAUGUGGGACAACCUGCGUAUCCACCAGGAGGUGGGCAUGCCCAUGCACCUGGCAUGGCGUAACUGUGACAGCUCCACUACUGUAGACGCUCUUCUCACUGACUCGCAGCCCUUCAAUAGGCAAGUGAUGCACCAGAUCAUCUCCAAGAUCCAGUGCAAUGACGUACUCAGCCCGAUCAAGAUGGUGAUGAAUGGUCGGCGCCGACUGCGUACACGCAGGAAACGGUUCCGGAGCAUGUACCGAGACAUCAUGUAUCUGGCACUGGAGGCGUGUGGCAGGGAUAACAUAGAUAUCGCUGCAUUUGACCGUGAAUACAAGAUGGCCUUCUCAAGGCUGGCUCAGAAUGAGGUGAAACGUGUACAAAGAGAUGACAAGCCUCGUUCCCCGCUAGUACAAGCUUGCAGAGCUGCAUUCCAAGAAUUGAACAUGUAGACUGCUGUGACAAGUCACGCUUGCAAAGCUGCCUUCCAAGAAUUGGACAUGUAGACCGUGCUGUGACAAGUCACGCUUGCAGAGCCGCCUUCCAACAAUUAGACAUGUAGACUGUGCUGUGACAAGUCAUGCUUGCAGAGCCGCCUUCCAAGAAUUGGACAUGUAGACCGUGCUGUGACAAGUCACGCUGCCUGCUAAUACAAGCUUGCAGAGCUGCCUCUCAAGAAUUGGACAUGUAGACCGUGCUGUGACAAGUCACGCUGCCCGCUAAUACAAGCUUGCAGAGCUGCCUUCCAAGAACUGGACAUGUAGACCGUGCUGUGACAAGUCACGCUGCCUGCUAAUACAAGCUUGCAGAGCUGCCUUCCAAGAAUUGGACAUGUAGACCGUGCUGUGACAAGUCACGCUGCCCGCUAAUUCAAGCUUGCAGAGCUGCCUUUCAAGAAUUGGACAUGUAGACAGUGCUGUGACAAGUCAAGCUGCCCACUAAUACAAGCUUGCAGAAAUGCCUUCCAAGAAUUGGACAUGUAGACCGUGCUGUGACAAGUCACACUGCCCGCUAAUACAAGCUUGCAGAGCUGCCUUCCAAGAACUGGACAUGUAGACCGUGCUGUGACAAGUCACGCUGCCCGCUAAUACAAGCUUGCAGAGCUGCCUUCCAAGAAUUGGACAUGUAGACAGUGCUGUGACAAGUCACGCUGCCCGCUAAUACAAGCUUGCAGAGCUGCCUUCCAAGAAUUGGACAUGUAGACCGUGCUGUGACAAGUCACGCUGCCCGCUAAUACAAGCUUGCAGAGCUGCCUUUCAAGAAUUGGACAUGUAGACAGUGCUGUGACAAGUCACGCUGCCCGCUAAUACAAGCUUGCAGAGCUGCCUUCCAAGAAUUGGACAUGUAGACCGUGCUGUGACAAGUCACGCUGCCCGCUAAUACAAGCUUGCAGAGCUGCCUUCCAAGAAUUGGACAUGUAGACAGUGCUGUGACAAGUCACGCUGCCUGCUAAUACAAGCUUGCAGAGCUGCCUUCCAAGAAUUGGACAUGUAGACAGUGCUGUGACAAGUCAAGCUGCCCACUAAUACAAGCUUGCAGAGCUGCCUUCCAAGAAUUGGACAUGUAGACAGUGCUGUGACAAGUCACGCUGCCCGCUAAUACAAGCUUGCAGAGCUGCCUUCCAAGAAUUGGACAUGUAGACAGUGCUGUGACAAGUCACGCUGCCCGCUAAUACAAGCUUGCAGAGCUGCCUUCCAAGAAUUGGACAUGUAGACCGUGCUGUGGCAAGUCACGCUGCCCGCUAAUACAAGCUUGCAGAGCUGCACAGGUUAAUCAGGGAUGACUCUUUUCUGUCUUGACUGGAUUUUUUAAUUUAAGCGAACGUGUAAGGUUAAGUCACUGGUCACCAGUCUGGGAGCUUGCUGUAUAUGGAUGCAACCAGGGAUCACAUUUUCUACAUACUAUUUCAGUCAUUUUGCUGAGUGCAUUGUGUUGUUAUUUAUUUUACACUGGUUUCGACUAAACUUUAAAGGCCUACCUGUUUUGUUAUGCAGACCUGCUGCAUGCAGAUAAUGCUUUUUUUCUUGCUGUCAUGUUGAAAUGUUGUAUUAUACACCCGCAAAGAAGUUUCAGAGGGGUUGAUUGAACUUGCAUAGUCAGUUGGUCGGUUGGUUAAUCCAAAUAAAAUGUUACAAGUUUUUUGGGGGGUGGUGGUUGGGGGAGACUUGUUAUACAUGUCUCAACCAAUUAAAUUGAAACUUCAAUUAUGUCAUCACCAUGAAGUGAGGGUAUUAACAUGAUAUAUUUGUGUCAAAGCUCUCAUUUAUGUUAUUAAAUGAUAUCUGUUCAAUAAAAUGAAGUAACCAUAAGCAGGCCAGCAAAUGGUCACAUUUUUUGAAGCAUUGACAUUCCAUGUAACAUAUUAUGAAAUAAUGUGCCACAAUACCAUAGAGAAUGAAUUUCAAGUAUUGUUAGAGAUUUUAAAUAAAAUGUUCACAAAUUAUUUGUGUUGUAUAACAUGUGCAUCAUUAACCUGUUUUGCUGUGAUAUUGAAAUAAUGAUGUUCAAAACUAAAUCUCCAGUGUUUGUGUUUGUUCAUCAAUCAUGUAUUAUAUUGUUCUUUUAUUUCUGUUGCAGUAUAUUUCAAUAGAACUUAACCAAUUUAUGUGUUCAUGCAAAAUAUGGGCAUAGACUUGUAUAUUAAAAAAUACUCUUGUUAGCUCAUCUAUUUUUUGAAAAAAAAUUAUGAGCUAUUGUCAUCACCUUGGCGUCGGCGUUGGCGUUGGCGUUGGCGUUGGCGUUGGCGUUGGCGUCGGCGUCCGGUUAAGUUUUGCGUUUAGGUCCACUUUUCUCAGAAAGUAUCAAUGCUAUUGCAUUCAAACUUGGUACACUUACUUACUAUCAUGAGGGGACUAGGCAGGCAAAGUUAGAUAACUCUGGCGUGCAUUUUGACAGAAUUAUGUGCCCUUUUUGUACUUAAAAAAUUGCAAAUUUUGGUUAAGUUUUGCGUUUAGUUCCACUUUUCUCAGUAAGUAUCAAUGCUAUUGCAUUCAAACUUGGUACACUUACUUACUAUCAUGAGGGGACUGGGCAGGCAAAGUUAGAUAACUCUGGCAUGCAUUUUGACAGAAUUAUGUGCCCUUUUUAUACUUAGAAAAUUGACAAUUUUGGUUAAGUUUUGUGUUUAGGUCCAUUUUAUUCCUUAAGCAUCAAAGCUAUUGCUUUCAUACUUGCAACACUUACUAACUAUCAUAAGGGGACUGUGCAGGCAAAGUAAUGUAACUCUGACUGGCAUUUUGACAGAAUUAUGUGCCCUUUUUAUACUUAGAAAAUUGAAAAUUUGAUUAAGUUUUGUGUUUAGGUCCACUUUAUUCCUACAGUAUCAAAGCUAUUGCUUUCAUACUUGCAAGAUUUAUGAACUAUCAUAAGGGGACGGUGCAGGCAAAGUUAUGUAACUCUGACUGGCAUUUGGACGGAAUUAUGGGCCCUUUAUACUUAGAAAAUUGAAAAUUUGGUUAAGAUUUAUGUUUUGGUCACUUUACCCCUAAAGUAUCAUAGAUAUUGCUUUCAUACUUGGAACACUCACAAACUAUCAUAAGGGUACAGUAAAAGGACAAGUUGCAUAACUCUGGUUGUCAUUGUUACGGAAUUAUGGCCCUUUUUUGACUUAGUAACUUUUAAUAUAUGGUUAAAUUUUGUGUUUCGAUCCACUCGAAGUAUCAAGGCUAUUGCUUUCAAACUUCAAAUACUUACAUGCUAUCAUGAGGUUACUGUACCUGGCAACUUGAAUUUUACUUUGACCUUUGAAUGACCUUGACUCUCAAGGUCAAAUUAUUAAAUUUUGCUAAAAUUGCCAUAACUUCUUUAUUUAUGAUUAGAUUUGAUUGAUACUUUGAUGAAA